AUGAGAUUAACUGCUAUACUAUGGCUAGUCCCUAUCGUGACCAGCAUUAUAGCGUUCCCUGCAAAACAAUCAAAUACUGCGACCGAUGCCAUGAUUAAUGAUGCAGUUUGGGAUGAAAUGAUACGCUGGCAGUCUGUAUGGCUUGCAAGUGAGGACUUCCAUUCAAUGGGAAUCGACAACGAACUAUUAUCCCAGGUGAACGGCUUUCUUCGGUUCUCCGAAUCGUUCCUCAAGAAGGCGUACAAAGAAAAACAAUUAGAACCACUACACUUGUUUAAUACAAAGGAUAAGAUUAGAUAUAAGUUUAAAAAUAAUGUCAACAGGUGGACCGAAAAGUUGCUUGAUUUGAUGGCGAUCAGACGUAGCAUAGGAGAACAAGAGAGAGACAAGACUUUAAACGCGCAUGGUCUAAUUGACGACCUUCAUAAACUUCGGAGUAUUGUCGCAUCAUACAUUGAACAAAGUAAUGAAGUUCCGGUAGUUACUCUUCUCAGAAUAGUAGGUGCCAACAUCGAACAUCAAUUGGCGGAACUUCAAAAGGCGCUAGAGGAUUUAGAAGAAAAUGGCGAAGAGCAAGGUCCGGGCUUGCACAGUCUAGCUCUCCAAUCUGAGGGCGUGGUUCGCAUAGCCGAGCUGUUGAUUGAGACUGUGGAUGAAAUUAAAGCCACGAGUGUGGAUGCCUUCCUUCAAAAGAACAUCGGGGAUGUCGACACUUACCUAGGCGCACUCAAUGACGUCAAAUAUAUGGACUCCAUGGCCAUCAUCGGAGAAGUACAGAAAAGCCAAGAUGCACUCGACGACUACUCGCUAAAUGAGUUUUUUUUAAGGAACGUUAGACAUCUCCAUAAGUUCAAGAAGGUCUUUGGCUGGUUUAACAACACCACCAUCGUGCCGACCGAUUUUUACGCCAAACACAGCAAUAGACGCAUGGCGCUUCUAACUGUGAAACUAAUUAGCUACCUUGCUUAUCAGACAAUUGGUGGCACCAUGUACUGUCUUCUAGAAUUGGCUGUCCCGAAGUCAAACUCUGCAUGGGAUAACUGUGGCAAUUUCCACUCUGCCCAACUAAGGAAAGAGUGGAUCUUGCUCUCACUUAUUUUGACGCGUAUCACGUCCAACCCCCUCAAGCACCACCGCACUGGCAGCGUCUAG